CUUUUUUUGAGGAUCGCGAAAUCUUGACUUUCUUCCCUUUCCGCACCACCACCGUUCGACACCGUCUCCCCGUGGAAGAAAGACCGAAAUCGCCCAAGAUGGCUCCCGCUAACCUCCCCUCGAUCUUCAAUGCCACUUCCCAGGACAUUGAGAUGCUGCUUGCAGCUCAAGCCCACCUGGGAAGCAAGAACCUCCAGGUUCACAUGGAGCCCUACCUGUGGAAGACCCGUGCCGACGGUGUCAACGUGAUCAACGUUGGCAAGACCUGGGAGAAGAUUGUCCUCGCCGCCCGCAUCAUCGCCGCCGUCGACAACCCAGCUGACAUUUGCGUCAUCUCUGCCCGUCCCUACGGUCAGCGUGCCGUCCUCAAGUUCGCCGCCCACACCGGCGCCGUCGCCAUUGCCGGUCGCUUCACCCCCGGUUCCUUCACCAACUACAUCACCCGCUCUUUCAAGGAGCCCCGCCUCAUCAUCGUCACCGACCCCCGUACCGAUGCCCAGGCCAUCAAGGAGGCUUCCUACGUCAACAUCCCCGUCAUCGCCCUCUGCGACACCGACUCCCCCACCGAGUACGUCGACGUUGCCAUCCCCACCAACAACAAGGGUCGUCACUCCAUCGGUCUCGUCUGGUGGAUGCUCGCCCGUGAGGUCCUCCGCCUCCGCGGCACCAUCUACAACCGCGAGACCCCCUGGGACACCAUGGUCGAUCUGUACUUCUACCGCGACCCCGAGGCUGAGGCCGAGGAGAAGGUCGAGGAGGAGAAGCUCCCCGGCGUUGAGGAGGAGGGUGUUGCCGCCAUUGAGUCCGGCUUCCCCGCCACCGGCGACUGGGACGCCCAGGCUCCCGGCUUCACCGGUGCUCAGGCUGGUGCCAACUGGGACGGUGCUGGUGAUGAGUGGGCUGCCGCUGGCGCCGCUCCCACCGGUGACUGGGCCGCUGCCGGCGACGCUGCCGCUGCUGCCCCCAAGGAGUCUUCCUGGUAAACUCCCUUUCGUCAUUCAGGUGUCGGCAUGACAUACAAAACGAGAGGAUUCCCCCAAACACAUCAACCUACAAACGCACCGGUCAUCGAAGCACGGUGUGCGAAAGAUAUCCACAAAACGGCGGAACAGCAAAUGGUCAUGGAAUGGUAGAUAAAAGACUCUGGCGGAGUUUUUUUCUUUUAUGAUCGCUGGUAGCAAUCUUGGGGGCAAAAAAGGGAAAGGGUCAACUUGGUCUGCACUAAUGAGGGAAAGAUACUCGAACCAAAAAACAUUGUGAAAUAGUCGGCAAACCACCAAUUGUUUGUGAUGUCGUUUUGGGGAGAGGGAAAGCCCUGUGUGGCCAAAAGGGGUGGACUUAAUCGUUAUCCCGCUCUUCUUCUGCUUGCUUUCCGUUGAAAGCUUCUGGUCGAAAAAAUCAUGAAAUGUUUUGAGGACUUGAAAUACCACAACCCC